CAAGCAGCGUUAUUCUGUACAGAGGGUCAAGCAGAGGGAAUGGUCAGGUAGGUACAGAGGGGUCAGGCAGAGGGAUGGUCAGGGUCACAAGCCAGGGAUCAGGACAGGUAGCAAGCAGGCGUAGUACAGAGGGUCAGCAAAUGAACAGAAACAGGUAUGCAGGACAAGUUAUCUACAGGGCCCAGGACAAACACACACACCAAGGCAGAGUCUGUGGGUAUGGCCAUCCCUUUAAAUACCCCAGGCCAUAAUCAGUUCCCCAGGAGUGUCUAGUUAGCUGGCUGCAAAGUUGCAGUCUCUGAUUGCUGGGAGCACCCGCUGGCCAGCCCUGGUACUGCAGAAUCAAAAAGGCAGGUGAGUCCCCACCAUGUGCUGGCCAGUCCCCAUUCCUGACA